AACACAGACAAUUCCUAUCUCCUUCCCAAUGACACCAAGAGCAGACCCGACUCAACAAAUAACAUUCUGCUCUCAAGUCCCUGCUCGGAAACCGCAUCAUCCGGCCCAAAUUCGGAGCCUCUCCCUCAUUCUCGAUGUCUGCCGCGGAACAGAGCCAGUAGACCGAGAGCUAGGUACACUCUACCCCUCAGCUCAGUCUAUCUACUGCAUAGAUCUCUCUCCCGCCCCCGCCUCGUCGAACGACGCAUCGCUCCCAAAUGUUUUCAUCUGCGGCGAUGCCCGCAGACUCAUGGGCACUGAUCCCCGCUUGCCCUUUGGAACCGCGGACUUUGUGUUUAAUCGUCUCCUGCUAUGCGGCAUGACAGACUGGCCUGGCUAUGUGCGUGAUGGGUUCAAGAUGGUGAAGUCGGGAGGUUGGGUCGAGAUGCAGGAUUUCGAGGAGAUGUUUUAUUUUCGUGGAAUGAGGCUGGAGGAUGAGGAUGAGUGGUGUUGGUUGAAGGAGUUCAGGAGAGGCGCGAAGGCAAAGGGCAUGGAUCUUGAUUGUGGGAAGAAUACGAUGCAGUAUCUGCUUGAUGCGGGCUUUGUGGAUGCCGAGCGAAGGAGUUCGAGGUUCCUUAUUGGAGGGAUGCAGAUAGGCCAGAGACGAGGGAGGUAUCAGAGUUGGUGAUUGGGACCCUGAUGGUUAUUUCUGGUAUGCAAUCCGAGGAUGGUGAAGGGAUUGGGGUUCAAAGAUGAGAGGGCCAACGAGAUGCAGAAUGCAAUGAAGAGGUGUGUAGCUGCCGAGGAAGGGAAGUACCAAAUUUUCUGGUCCACGAUUGGG